AUGGCUACCGAUAAGCUGGAUUUCGUUUUCAAAAAGAUCGAUGAGCUUGCUGCUGCUGUUGCCCCGGAGUAUAACAUCAUCAAUGAUCGACUCGCACCAGCAGUCAAGAUCCCAUCAAUUUCAUCUGACCGAAGCCCUGAUGGACGCAAAAAUGUAGUCGCUAUGACGGAUUUUCUAGAAAAUCAACUAAAGGCAUUACAUGCAUCAGUCCAUCGCUAUCCACUAGGGCCAGAACCCGACACCGACCUCCAACUCCCCGACAUAAUAAUCGCCAAUUACCCCUCAACAUACGACGCAAACAAAAAAACCAUCCUAAUCUACGGCCACUACGAUGUGCAACCCGCAGGAGACGGCUGGACAACCAACCCAUGGACCCUCACUGAAAAAGAAGGAAAACUGUACGGACGCGGUUCUACCGACGACAAAGGCCCUCUCCUCGCCUGGCUCAACGCACUAGAAGCCUACCAACUAGCUAACAUCGACGUACCCGUCAAUCUCAUAUUCUGUUUCGAAGGAAUGGAAGAAUCGGGAUCAACUGGUUUUGCGACUUUCGCAUCAUCGCCUGCUAAUAGCCACAUAUUCGCCCAUGUAGACGCAGCAUGUAUAUCUGACAAUUACUGGCUUACGACGCGCAAACCCUGUUUAACAUAUGGAUUGAGAGGGAUAAAUUAUUUCAAGCUGACGGUUGAGCAUCCGGGGGUCCAGUUGCAUAGUGGGAUGUUUGGGGGAUGUGUGUAUGAACCUAUGACUGAUUUGGUGAUUCUUCUGUCGAAAUUGGUGGAUUCGCAGGGGAGGAUUUUGAUUCCGGGGAUCGAGGAGUUGGUCGAGGGGGUUACGGAGGAGGAGGUGCAGGAGUAUGCGACGAUUGAGUUUACGACGAGGGAUUUUCAGGAUACGAUUGGGAGUCGGGCGAAUAUUUUUGAGGAUCCGAAGGAUACUCUUAUGCAUCGGUUUAGGUUUCCGAGUCUUACGAUUCACGGCAUAACCGGUGCCGACUCCUCCCCCAACCAAACCACCUCCAUCGCACCCAGCGUAACCGCGAAAUUCUCCAUCCGCACCGUCCCCUACAUGGAUCAAAACUCCAUCACCAAUCUCACAACCCACCACCUCAUGCACGAAUUCGACAAACUCAGAAGUAAAAAUACAUGUCGCGUGGAACUAUUUGGAGAAUCUGCUCCGUAUUGGCUUGGGACAUCCGAUGAUGCGAAUUUUCGGGCUGGGAAGAUGGCCACGCAGAGGGUUUAUAAGACUGAGCCGGAUUUGACGAGGGAGGGGGGGAGUAUUGGAGUAACGCUUGAUUUACAGAAUGUGUUGGGAGAGAAGAGUAUUAUGUUGUUGCCGGUAGGGAUGUCUGAUGAUGGGGCUCAUGGACCUAAUGAGAAACUUGACAGGGUGAAUUAUAUUGAGGGGAGUAAAUUGCUAGGGGCUUAUUGGUAUUAUUUUGCCAAUCCUUAUUCUUAG